AUGAAGAUUAUCCUGCGCCUGCUGUCUGCCUUGUCCGGCAUCAAGUGCGCCCAGAGCUCUGGAGUGAUAUCGGUGGUUAUCACAAAGAUCACUAACUCGGCGGGGUACGCGGCGGAGAACGGUAGAUGCUGCGACGGACAGAGCCACAGGAAGAAAAGGAUCUGUUCCGACCAGUGCGACACUUUCUUCCGCGUUUGCUUCUCGCCUUAUGCCGAUGAAGGAAGCUGCACCUUUGGAGAAGCAGAAACGCCGGUUCUCGGUGGAAACAGCUUCGAGAAUCCUGCCCAUCUAGAUCUUAACGAAGCAGAAACUCCAUUCCAGAUGAAGAUUCCUUUCUCCCAAAGUUGGAUGUACCGAUACCACAUGCGACUGGAAGCUCUGGACUACGAUGAAGAUUCAGAAGCCCAGUUGAUUGAAUGGACCGAAGAAAGCGAGACUAUCCGUCCGACCGGGGAGUGGAUGAAAAGAGUUCACCGAGGAAGUGUGGCCACAAUCGAGUAUCUGCUGAAGGUGGAAUGUGACGCCAACUACUAUGACAUGAGCUGUUCAACCUUUUGCGAGGCCCACGACGACGAAGCCGGCCACUUCUUCUGCAAUCGCUUCGGCGAGAAAGUCUGCCUCGACGGCUGGGGUGGCGACAACUGCGAUCAACCGAUUUGCAGCGAGAAGUGCCACCAGGAACACGGAUACUGUACGAAAGCUGGCGAAUGCAGAUGCCGCCAUGGCUGGACUGGUCAGUUCUGCGACGAGUGUAUUCCUGCGGAAGGCUGCGUACACGGCACGUGUGACGAACCCUUCGAUUGCAAGUGCACGCCAUUCUGGGGCGGCAAGUUUUGCGACAUCAACCUGAACUCGUGCGAGUCCAAUCCCUGCCAGAACGAGUCCAAAUGCGAAAAUACUUACGGCAAUUUCACUUGCACUUGCCUCCCUGGCUACCACGGUCGCCGAUGCGAGCACCAGGCAAACGCGUGCGUCUCCAACCCUUGUGGAAAAAACGGAAUGUGCGAGGCCACCAGGGAAGGUUCCUUCACGUGCUCUUGCAAAGAGGGAUGGACCGGACCAUACUGCAACAUAAACAUUAAUGAGUGUGCAAACUCGCCCUGCAAAAAUGGCGGAACUUGUCUUGAUCGCGAGGGCGAUUUCGUCUGCGCUUGUCCCGCUGGAUGGACUGGCAAAACCUGUCAAUUAGACGUGGACGAGUGCGAAGAAGCGGUGAACCCGUGCCAAAACGCGCACAGAUGCAUCAACAGCGCAGGCACUUUCUUCUGCCACUGCAAGGCCGGCUACGAAGGCGUCUUCUGCGAAAAAGAAAUCGACGAGUGCUUGGCGGGCGAAGACGGCGCUCCAAAGUGCGCGAAUGGGGCGACAUGCAUCGAUGCGAUCGGCUCCUUCAAGUGUGUGUGCCCAAAUGGUUUCGAAGGCGAGCGCUGCGAGAUCGAAACUAACGAGUGCGCCCAAAAUCCGUGUAGCAACGGCGGCACGUGCAGCGAUAUGGUCGGCGACUUCAAGUGCCUCUGUCCCAGUGGCUUCUCGGGACGCAAGUGCGAGAUUCCGAUGGGCUUCUGUUCCGCCAAUCCCUGUCAAAACGACGGCAAAUGCUUCAACGUUGCUAACGACUACGAGUGUCAGUGCAAGGAGGAGUUUGAAGGGCGAAACUGUGAACGAGUCAAGGACUACUGCGCACAACCCGAUGCGUCUUGCGAAGUGAUUGACGCAUGUGAGACCAGACUCACCGACGUUCGCACGGGCAAAACAGAGCGACUGACAACCAAGGUCUGCGGCGACCAUGGCACUUGCCGCGCUCAGGGAUUCGAAAGCUUCAGCUGCCAGUGCGAUGAAGGAUUUGUUGGAGAUUUCUGCGAAGAAAAUAUUGACGAUUGCGCUUCAAACCCAUGCCAAAACAAUGGAGUUUGUCUCGAUGGCGUCAAUUCCUACGAAUGUCUCUGUCCAACUGGCUUUUCUGGUUCCCGGUGCGAGGAAGAGAACCACGUCUGCUCUAGCUCCGAAAACCUUUGUCUCAAUGGUGGAGAAUGCAUCCGAGGCGAUUCGGGCCACCCUGCUGACUUUAGCUGCAGCUGCGCCGAAGGCUGGAAAGGACACAUUUGCCAGUUUACCAAAGCCUACACCGCAGAGGAGAUUUGUAAAAACUCGAGCCCUUGCAACGCUGGAACAUGUGUUCCGGACACGAGGCUCUCGACAGGCAUUUCCUGCGAAUGUCCUCAGGGAACCAAGGGAGCCUUCUGCCAAAUCGACGCCAAAUCGCCAUGCUCAGCGAACUCGUGUGAAAAUGGCACCUGCGUACCGAAAAACGGCAAAGAAUUCGAAUGUCGAUGCAAAGCUGGCUUCACUGGUGACAAUUGUGACAAACAAAUUGACAUGUGCCAGCCCGAGCCUUGUUUCAAUGGAGGAACUUGUCUUUCAAAAAUGAACCAUUAUGAGUGCAAAUGCCGACCUGGCUUUGUUGGAGCGGACUGUCGAAAAGACAUUGACGAUUGUGCGAAUGAUCAAUGCGCUUACGGCUCAACCUGCGUCGACAAAGUUGGCGGCUUCGAUUGCCUCUGUCCUCCCGGUCGCGAAGGCAAUUAUUGUGAAAAACUUUCGUCUUCUCCAACGAAACGUUCCUGUGCCUACAAAGGAAAGCUCUUUGUUCAUUCUUAUUCCUGGCGCGAGCAGUGUAACACUUGCACUUGCCACGAUGGCGACGUCUCCUGCUCCAAGCUCGACUGUGGUCCAGUUAGCUGUUCUCCACAUGCGCCCUCUGCCACAUGUCUCUCAGAUGAGAUAUGCAAGUUGGAGACACCGAACGUUCACGAAAACUGCGUCUCUUCUCGUUGUUCGAGCCGCUACACUUGUCAGAAGAAGACUUUACCCUACACAGUGGCACCGCCCGCUUCGUGCAAGGCUCCUUACUGCCUCGAACUGCGCAUUCAAUUUGAUGUUGCUCGAAUUUCCUCGCUUGAACGAGGAGUUCAUGCGAUGGACGUCUGCGGCGCUCUCAAUUUCCUUCCGUCUCUUGCACGAGUUGCUGAACACAAGAAAACAUCUCUGAAUUGCGAGUCUGCCCAAGCAGGCGUAGUCGUUGUUGUCGUCAAGCAUCAAUCUUCGGCAGAGCUCGUUGUCAAAGAAAUCCGUCACUCCCUCAUUGGCAAGUCAGAUCUUUCCUCAGUUCUGACCUACCGCGACGAAGUCAUUCUCAGUGCCGCUUACGAUGUCUCAACUGUCGAUCCAUCUCAAGUCGACAAUCAUUGGAUCUGGUACGUCCUUGCCGUGAUGCUUGGACUUCUGUCGCUCUUCGCUGUCAUUCUUCUCGCUUUCAUGGUCAAGCACAAAAACAGCAUGAAGUCUUCCGAGCACGAAGGGUCAAGUUAUACGAUGGGAUCAGGUGUCACCGAUCAAGUGCUUAUGGCUGCUUCUCCGAGCUCUUCCGCUGCCCUUGAGCCUCGCGAGUUCGUCUUCAUUGAUCCGAAGGAACAUCCAUACCCAAAUAUGCUCCCGAGACGAGUUCCCCACCACUUGCUUUCUCAUAACUUAUCACUUGGUGAUCUGACUGGUCCUCCCCGCCUUACGAAGAGAGCUACCAGGAGCCAUGCGGACAGGCUAUUUACGCCACGAUUAGUUCAGCCCGAACAGAAGGACCUCUUCUGA